CAGACGGAAAUCGUAGCGGGGUAUUUAACAAUUCUUCCUUUGGACGAGCUUUAAUCGCAUGUCAGCGAGAGACAGACCAGAUAUUUGAUGGUUGCAUCAAUUGCCUCACAAUGCCAGAAAUGCCAUCUUCCAAUUUUCCUGGAGAAACAAAUUUUAUGGCUCAGUACAUACCAAGCCUUUCACGCUCAGGUGUGAUUUUAAAUCCCACUUUUCCGAUCUUUGAGCCAGAUAGAGACUUCCAGAUGUUAAAUCCUUGCCGUGCCUCCGGGGGUUUUAAUAUGACUCAUCAUGCCGAGAGUGGCAUUGGAGUACUCAGUGAAGAUUCCCUGGAAGAAGAUCCUUAUGAUGAAACGCUUGCUACAGACUCCAGAAUGUCCGAUUUCAGUGUCGAUGACAAGGGGGAGAUGUUUGGAUUUAAAGGCUCUGUUUGUAACCAUGAAGUUGUCCAGAGUUCAAGAUCAACAGAAGAUGUUAUAAAUACCAGCUUAAAUAAUCCACUUUUAAGAAAGCUUGAACAGCUUAAGGAACUACAGCAACAAAAGCAAGAACAACUGAAGCAACAGCAGAUGGAACAACUGCAGAGACUUAUGGAGGAACAGAAGAUGCUGCUGAGCUUGGUAGCCAACCGGCCGGCCUGCAUUGAACCUGAUCCUCCGAUUCAUCCCAGCGAUUCUGCAGCACCGCACCAUUCACCCGUUAACUCUCCGGUCAGCCAUAAUAUCCCCAGGAGCUAUCCUUAUAGCCGGUCUGAUGUAAUCAACAGCAGCAUUAUGUCCUUUAAGAACCAACCCAAUGGUUUGUGGGCUCAGGAAAUUUGCUCUGGUGCAUCCCUGAGAGAGGAUUGCUUUGUAGAUGAACAGGAACAAGGGCAUUGCAGUGGUGAAACUGAUAUUUUUGAUGACCUCAAAGAAAACUCUGAAACUUCUUUACAAGUUGAGCAGGAAUGUUUGAGCAAGCAAAAAGAUGAGACCAACGAAGAAUUGGCUUUCACAGAAGAAAGACCAAUCUUAUCAGAAAUUAAGGAACGGAAGAAGUCUUUUGAAGAGUUUUUGGAGGAGCAAAUGAGGCUAGAAGAACAAAGAUUGAAACAAAUUGAUCAUCAGGUACCAAAGGAUGAAGAGAAACCUGUCUUAAAAAGACCAUUUCUUAGAAGAGGAGAAGGACUUGCCAGGUUUAGGAGUGGAAAUCCUAAAGUAUCAAAACCUAAGGAGAAUGACUUUGCCCAGCUAAAAAUAUCAGAGGCCGCUAGCAGCGAUAAAACACUAAAACUUCACAUGCAAAGGAAAGUUGCACCUGUAACCAAAGAACAAACUUCAGAGAACAAUAUGGUUGGAUCUAAAAAGUUAAACCAGACUAGCAAAGGGAAUACUGAGCUUCUUCAGAAGAAAUUGGUGCUUAAAAACCACAACAUAAAAAAUCACCCUUCAGUGAUACAAGGGCAACAGGAGAGUAAGUCUAGCUGGACUGGUAAAAGUUCUAUGAAACGGGACAAGCUCAACAUUUUAGAAGCCAAUAAAGAAAAUAUGGAAAAUCAACCUCCAGUUGAAGCAAACGCACUCCGUUCCAGGUUAGGAAGCCAUGAAAACCAAAAGAAUUCUACAAGAGCGAAUGAAAAACCUCCUUCAGACACCACCCAUUCUGAACUGUCUUUUGAAGUGUCGUUUCAGAAACGCCAGGCAAACUGGGAAAAAGAGAAGCAAAAAGAAAACUUUGAACUUGAUGAGUUUUUACUUUUAGAACAGGCUGCUGAGGAGAUCUCAUUCUCUAGCAACUCCUCUUUCGUCCAGAAACUGCUAGAUCCAAACUAUGCGAUCGACAAUGGACACGGCAGGCACUCUUCUACCCCUGUUAAAGUGCAGCAGGUAAAAACUGUUAGCCGUGAUGAAGAUGCCAAGGACGGAAAACUUGAUAGGAUCCAGGGGAAGAAUGAUGCCAAAACUGUAUUAAAAAAUAAUGUAGCUUUAACUGCUGUUGUACCUCACAAGCAGUGUGAAGAAGUUGAAGUUAUUCACACGGCCAACCAAGAAAUUAAAAAAACUAAUUUUACUGAGCCUGUCCGAAUGUCAUGUGAAAAUGAAGAUGAUCCUCUUUCUGAUGACUUUAAAGACCUUUGUAAAAAUACAAAAAAUAACAACAGCAGGGACUUUGAUCUAGAUUUAUCAAACGGAGAGGACAGUGAUGACGACGAGUCAACUCUUCUGGAAAACAAAAGUAACCAUUUCCAAGCUGAUGGCCCUUGUUCUUCAUCCUCUGAUACCAGCCAAAUCGAGUUUGAUGAUGAACGCACUUGGGCAGAUCUGGAAGACUUGAAAAACCAGGAAAACUUCCCUGAGCAAAAUUUUCCAAGAAAAGAGUUUGUGCCAUCGGAAUACACCACGAGUCCUACAUAUGUCCAAGACAAAACCAUAAAAAGAAAGGUGGCUUCAAAGAAAGGGGACGAUCAUCUGAAAGCAGAAGUAACUGUUUGUAGUCAGAGCCCUCCUCCAACCUCAGAUCUAAUGAUGAAAUUAUUUCCAUCCCUAAAGCCCAAAUCAAAGUCCCAGCCAGCAUGCAAAUCCACCCCAGUGCAAGAGAAUGCAGAUCCUACUCAUUCUCGGCUGUUAAGGGAGAAAUUAAUUGAACUGGAAAAUGAAAUUGAAAGAUUUAAAAUGGAAAAUGCAUCGUUAACAAGACUCCAUGAAGAAAAGGAAAAGGCUAUGGAGGCCCUCAGGAAAGAGGCAGCAGACUUUGAGCAGCAAAAAGCUAAAGAACUGGCUCGGAUUGAAGAGUUUAAAAAGGAAGAAAUAAAAAAGCUGCAAAAAGAACGUAAAGUUUUUGAAAAGUAUGCCAGUGCAGCUAGAGCUAUUCCAGAUAAGAGAGAACGAGAAGAAAUACAGCUGUUAAAGCAACAAGUGAAAGACCUGCAAGAGGAACUGAAAAGAAAGGAAGCAAAGUGGUCAACAACUCAUGGCCGUCUGCGAAACCAGAUAGAGACCUUAUCAAAAGAGAAUGGAGAGCUCCGAGAAGAAAUAAAGUUUAUGGAAAAGGUCCGUGUAGACGCUUGGAAAAAAGCAGAGGUGGCAGAAAGCAAAAAGAAGACGGUGGAAAAUCAAGCAUCUGUUCAGAGACCAUCUGAGUCUACGAGUCCUUUAAUUACUGAGAAGAACAGGAGUCCACCUUCAUUUCCACAACCAGACAGCAUGAGAAUAACUCCCGGAAACCAGGCACCAAUAAAAGGAAAAGCCCCAAAACAUGACAAACCUUCUCCUGUGUGUGACAAAACUAAACCCAAGACCAAAGAGUGUUCUGACAUGCCUGAGAGAAAUGAAGUCCCAGCUACUAAGGGCCAGGCGGAAGAUGAAGUUCAGGGGGAAAUCUCCUAUCCUGAUGGGAAGAUUGAGAGGAUUUUAAGAAAUGGCUGUCAUGUGAUCUUGUUCCCCAAUGGAACCCGUAAAGAAGUCAGUGCCGAUGGAAAGAGCACAACUGUAACAUUCUUCAAUGGAGAUGUGAAGCAAGUGUUGUCAGACCAGCGCGUGAUUUACUAUUAUGCUGAGGCCCAAACUACGCAUACAACAUAUCCCGACGGAAUAGAAAUCCUGCAGUUUCCAAAUGGACAAAUAGAAAAGCAUUUUCCAGAUGGAAAAAAAGAGAUAACAUUCCCAGACCAGACAAUAAAGAAUCUACAUACAGAUGGAACAGAAGAGAGCAUAUUUCCUGAUGGGACCAUCAUAACUAUCCAGCCUGAUGGAACCAAAAUUAUAGUAUUUGACAACGGGCAGCAUGAACUGCAUACACCACAGUUUAAAAGGCGCGAAUAUCCGGAUGGAACAGUCAAAACCGUAUAUAGCAAUGGUCAGCAAGAGACCAAAUAUGCUUCUGGCAGAGUGAGGGUUAAAGACAAGGAUGGCAAUGUUCUAAUGGAUGCUAAAAUGUGACCCAUGUUUUCUAAACACUCAUUUUUAUUGUUUGAUGUCAAGUAAUCUUAUUUAAUUCUUAUUAACUUAAUUUAAUAUCUGCCUGUGUAUAUACUUUGUAUUUAAUGUAAAUAUGAAAUGUAGAUAUGUGUCUUGAAUCUAAGAAUGUCUCUUUAUUUAAGUGUAUUUUUUCAUUUCACAGUUUUAUAUGUUGUAUCCUGCAUAAAAAAAUAAACAGAACCUAAAGGUUUA